UUUUUGUCUUCAGAAACUGGACUGAUAAAAGUGAGGUCUUCUCUGUACGGCCGUACAGACCGUGUCACCUGUAGUACUAAUCAUCUCCCUGCACAGCUUGCUAAUACCAACUGUAUCUCGAGGAUUGCCACUAUUGCUGAUAGAUGCAAUGGUCUAAGAGAGUGCGAGUUGAAGACGGAUUUACUUGGCAACUCUGACCCAUGCAUAGGAACCUACAAGUACUACAACACCACGUAUGACUGCAUCGAUGGCCGAGGUGAUUCAAUUCAGAUCAUAAAUGCGAACUACGGGCGAGCUAACUCCAGAACUUGUUCAAAUGGAAUCCCUGAUGCUCAAACCAAGAACACCAACUGUUACGCUCCAAGAACAUUCUCGACUGUGACUGCACAGUGUAAUGGACUGACGAGAUGUACUCCAAGAGCUUCAUACACCAUCUUUACAGAUCCUUGUUUUGGGACUUUUAAAUACCUUACUGUGUCCUAUGUCUGCACUAGCACUGGUUAUUUAAAGAUCAUCAGCGCUAACUACGGUCGAACCGAUCCAUCGACAUGUUCUUCAGGCCGACCCACCAGUCAACUCACUAACACAAAGUGCUACACGUCUAACACACUUAGUAAAGUUGCAGCUAGAUGUGAAGGAAAGAGCAGCUGUCAGGUCCCAGCUACGAAUGAUUUCUUCUUGGACCCCUGCGUUGGCACCUAUAAGUAUCUGACCAUUGUGUAUGGCUGUGUCUGAUUAAUGACUUAAGGGAUUUCAGCAUCCUAUCCUGGCAUCUCUCUUCAGCCUGAAAUUAAUUGAAACCAAAUUUUACAUACACAACCAUCCGGAUGAUGCAGUGCAGGAGUCCUGGUGGUGGUUGCCUUUCAUAUUUGCAUGUUUUAUAAUGAACUGCUCUAAUUACUUUAUUUCUGAACCAUACUUAUUUGCGUUUACAUGUAAUCAGUUCAUUCUAAACUAAUCCACUUUACAAAUGAUUGUACAAUAAAAUAUCCUCUAAAUGCAAGGAUAACAAAGACAG